AUGUCGUGGACUCUAGUCGGCGACGUGGUUAUUAGUUUAUCCAUCAGUGUGUAUUCGACCGCGCGGGGCGCAGGCGGUUCUUGCUUGGGAUCAUUGUUGAUGGCAAUGAGUGGAUAUGUCUUCGCACCUGUGACAAUUUCUGGUUGUUGCUCGGAGCUAGCGUCGUUGGAGUUUAGCCCCAGUGGCGCAGAUGUCGGUCCGUUCAAAGCCGUGGAAGAAUCGGCCAUGGCGCAAUUAAUGCCAGCUCACAAUUACAACGUGAUCCUCUCAUGGUACUAUAUGCUGGGCUCCUGGGGAGCAAUGAUUGGGACGUUGUCGUGUGGCUGGUUGUUACAGUUGCUCGAGGAUCAAGGCUGGGGAAUAGUAGAUGCAUACCGCUGCGUUUUCUGGAUAUACGCAGCGAUGGGACUAGUGAAGCUCGCCUUAUCGGUCAUCCUUAGCCGAGAGUAUGAAAGCCAUUUGACCCAAAAUAAAAUAGCUAACAGUGAGAAUGAAGUACACGACCAAAGUGAUAGAGAGACUGAACCACUUCUCCACCCCAGCGAUGACUCUCUCAUCCAUGCUGAGGAGCCACCCACCCUUGUUCCGUCAAUGAACGCAAGCACGAGAAACUUCGUAUGGAAACUGUGCCUUGUCCUGAUCCUGGACAGCAUUGGAAGUGGUCUGUCUAAUAAUUCUUGGAUGGCCUAUUACUUCAACGAUGCACAAUGGCCUGUGUUGGCUACCCAAAACAAAGGUGUACGGCCGAAAUUGCCAUUAGGCCGGUAA